AUGACUUUUGUGAACAAGCUUUCUAUGCGGACGCAUCAUCAUAACCAGCGUUUUGCUAAUUUAUGCAUGGCAUCACAACCGAAACGUUUCAGUCUAAAUAAUACCGCGCCACGUAGGCUAACCUCAAUGUCGUUUCCAGAGCUUAGCAAACAACGUCCUUUUUGGACAAAAGAACCUCGGAACGAGGUUGUCCGAAUUUGCUACAAAAUUAUCGUGGACCGUGAGAAAAUUAAAAAAACAAAAAACAAAAUGGCAGCAGAACAACGUGCUCAAGAUCCUAACGAAGAUGAUGGAGGUAUUGAUGCUGAUAUCGAGAGUGUUGAUGGAGACAAUAAUGUUAAAAAUCACGGUAUGGUUGCAAUGGGAGAUAUUAUUUCGAAAAUUCUGGCCAAACCAUUACCGGAAUCUGUGCCAGCAAUCUUGUCCAAGAGUAAGAAGUCUCAAAAGAGGAAACUGGAAAUGAGGGAGGAGCUUUUAAUUAAAAAGGAUAAAGCUGAGGAGCGACUUGAAAAAAGAGAGAAGAACCAUGUCUUACCUACACGAUCAAACGCACAAAAAGAAGUUCUGCUAAAAAGGAUUGCUACAAAAGGAGUUGUUAAAUUGUUCAAUGCUGUAAGUGCACAUCAAAAGCUUGUUUCUGAGAAGAUGAAGGAAGCGAAAACAGAGGCUAGAAAGUCGAAAGCUGUGGAAACUGUUACGAAGUCAAGUUUUAUGGAUUUAUUAAAAACUAACAAAGAUAAAAAGAAAUCAGAAGAGGAAAAUAGCAAGGAAAACGACAAGCAAAAUAAGAAAUGGGACGUAUUGCGUGAUGACUUCAUGUUGGGUGCAUCUAUGAAGGACUGGGACAGAACGAACGAAAAUGAAGUGCGAGAAGAGAAAGAAGCUUCUGAUAGCGAAGAUACUUCAGAAUAGAUUGCAUUUAUUCAAUUAAGAGUAAUCGCAAAAAGGAAGGAUGCAACAAUUUUGGUUGUGGAGUUUGAAUAAUAACUCUAUGGUUUGAAGAAGUAUUGCUCUUCACGUAACCUUGAGGAGAGAAAAAGUGUCACAAGAAAUCCAUCUAUCUCACUCAAAGAAUAUGGAAAAACUGUUAAAACGAGGCUCCUGUAGUGCUUGUUGAAAGAGAACAGUUCAAGUCAGUGUUAUAUGUUAUAGUGUGGAUAACAUGUAAGAAGUUAAAAUAUAACUGAAGUAGGGAAAUUGACCUGUCUUAGGGUAUUUGUGAUGUCAUUUCUGAUCCCGGGACUUCAUUUCAAAUCCCCGUGACGUCCUUACAUUGAAGGAGUUAAGACAUUCUAUAAUUAUACCAAUUUCGUCGCUUAAGCAUUUUUUUUUAAUUUGGAUUUAUGACCCCCGGGUACAUUUUGUCCCUCCCCCCAAUACACUGGCCAAGAAAGUUCAGGUUUACUAUGGUUAAAUAAGUAUACUGUACGCAUAUUUUGCCUGUAAACUCUUAUUUUCUUCAGGAAACAUGUGAACAAGUCGGACAAUAAACCCGUGAAUUUAUUUAAUGGGCAUUUUGGGAAUAAGAUAUCAAUUCACAAAAUUCGCAAAAAUUUCUGUCACCGAAAUACUUUUCAGUGUCAGUAUUUACUUAGUUAAUCCAGACCUCUUCCCAUGCUAAAAUUCCAAAAUUUUUUAAAUAGUGCUCGUUAAAAAGCGCCGAGUAAGAAAUUCACGUAUCUUUUUUAUCCCUUACUGCCGAAAAGCUAGCUGCCACAGUCACAUCCUUUUACUUGCGUGAAGAUCCAUAAUGGUUACCACAAUUAUAAAAUGGUCUAAUUCAUGAUAUAUGGCUUGUCAGUAAACUUAAACAGGACAGCUCUAUUAAAUCUUAAGUUGAGCAUGCAGAUCGAUUGUACCUUUUAUGAACCAGCAUUGGCGCCAACAAAAGCCUCAUACCAUAUUGUCAUCGUAUUUGGAUAAAAUGAACAAAUGUACAGUUAUACGUUAGUACAUUGAGUUUUUGUUGUCACGAGAAUACUGUCGCGCAAGAAACUUCUCGAUUAGAACAGGACAAAAAAAAAUUUAAAAUUUGAUAUCUGAUUUUUUUUCUGUAAAAAUAUGUCCCGCUCAAGUAAAAACAAAAUUUUUCUUAUAUGAAAGUUAAAUAAGCCAACAAUUAUUCCACUGUUUUUAGCGUUCACAAAAACACUUCCUAAAGUGCUGCCACUUUUUGGUUCUAACAGAUGCACCUUGGUAAGUUUGUCUGUUAAGAUUGCAAUUUUGUCGUGAAUAUAGUCACUAAUUUUCGACAUUCACACAUUUUCAGAUAAUGCUGUUAUAUAUAACGUAUGACAUGUAACUUCUUUUUGUGUUUGUGUGUGAAAAUGCACGUUGAUAAAUAGAUCUGUCAAACGA